AUGGCCAUUGACGAAGGCGGCAAGGAUUCCGAGCCUUUAUUUCCCCCGGACUUCCUCUUUUGCACCAUCAACAAUCGGAUCGGAUCGUCUGUUUCACCGCCCACAUGUCACCCGUAUUCUGCCGAUGCUAUCGUCAAGAUGGUCAAAGCGGCCAUUUGCGGUACGGACUUGCACAUUCUUAAAAGCGACGUCGCUACCGGACGGAUCUUAGGGUUUCCUUCGUACAGUCCACCGGAGACGGCGUUACGAGAUUCAAACCAGGUGACAAUGUGA